AUGUCCGGCUUCGGAGACUACCCGCCGAACAUGGCGCCCCAGGACGCGCUGAUCGUACGACGAGAAGCCGAGGCCGACCACGCCGUCGUCCCCUACUCGGGCGAGGACCUCGCGCGACCACGGAUGGGGCCCGCGAACCCCUUCAAGGACGAGAGCGCCAACAGCGCCCUCAAGCGGAAGAACGUCCUCACGGGCUUCGCCGAGGAGACGCACGUGUCGGAGCACACCUUUCGCAGCAAGCACCGCGCCAUCGAACGCAAGGGCGGGCCGGAACGGGAAUACCAGAGCGGCGCACAGGUGAAGCAGGAGGCCGAGAGGAUACGCGCAGGCCGCGAGGGCAAGGGCGACGCCGCGAUCGCCGAGGGCGACGGCGCCUACGGCGAGGCGCUCGCGAGCGACGAGGAGUACGAGGAGGUGACGGACGAGGACGACGUCGUCGAGAGCGGCACCGUCCUGCAGGCGCCCGAAUCAGCCCUCGCGCGCCGCAAGGAGGUCGAGGCGCUCGGCGAGGAGACGACGACGUUCCACGGGGCCGCCGAGCGCGACUACCAGGGCCGGACCUACAUGCACGUGCCCCAGGACCUGGACGUCGACCUGCGCAAGGACGUCGGCAGCAUCACCAACUUUAUCCCGAAGCGGCAGAUCCACGUCUGGAAGGACCACGCCAAGGCCGUCACGGCGACACGCUUCUUCCCCGAGUCGGGCCACCUGCUCCUCUCGGCCUCGGCGGACUCGACGGUCAAGAUCUGGGACGUGUACCACCAGCGGGAGCUGCUGCGGACGUAUUCCGGACACACCAAGGCCAUUUCGGAUGCGACGUUCAACAUCGACGGCACGCAGUUUCUGUCGGCGAGUUUUGACCGCCAGAUUAAGCUCUGGGAUACGGAAACGGGCACGUGUAUCAGCCGGUUCUCGACGGGCAAGACGCCCCACGUGGUGCGCUUCAACCCGACAGCCGAGCACGCGCAUGAGUUCGUCGCCGGCAUGUCGGACAAGAAGAUUGUGCAGUGGGACACGAGGGCGGGCAACGAAAUCGUCCAGGAAUACGACCACCACUUGGCCGCCAUCAAUACCAUCACAUUCGUCGACGAGGGCCGCCGCUUCAUGACAACGUCGGACGACAAGUCGCUGCGCGCGUGGGACUACAACAUUCCCGUGCCCAUCAAGUACAUUGCCGAGCCGUACAUGUACCCGAUGACGCGGGCGGCGCCGCACCCGAGCGGCAAGUAUGUCGCGUACCAGAGCUCGGACAACCAGAUUGUCGUCUAUGGCGCCAACGACAAGUUCCGCCAGAACCGCAAAAAGUCGUACCGCGGCCACAACAAUGCCGGCACGGCCAUCGACGUGGCCGUCAGCCACGACGGGCAGUUCCUCGCGUCGGGCGACACGCUCGGCUUCGUCGCCUUUUGGGACUGGAAGACGUGCAAGAUGUACCACAAGCUCAAGGCCGGCGACGAGGCUGUCACGUGCGUCGCGUGGCACCCGCAGGAGUCGAGCAAGUUUGUGUCGGCCGGCAUGGACGGGCUCAUCAGGUACUGGGAUUAG